CACAAACACUAACACAACAACAUCAACAUCGUUUUGGUCUCAAGGAACAGAGAAAACAUGUCGAAAGAUGAUGUCUUCAUUGGCGCAAUUGACCAAGGAACGACCAGCACCAGGUUCAUAAUCUACGACAAGUUAGCUCGCGCUAUCGGAUCUCACCAGGUCGAGUUCACUCAGUUCUGUCCACAAGCAGGAUGGGUGGAACAUGAUCCCAUGGAGAUCUUGGAGAGUGUGAAGGUGUGUAUUGCUAAGGCUGUUGACAAGGCUACCGCUGAUGGAUUCAACGUGGAUAAGGGAUUGAAGGCCAUUGGUCUCACCAAUCAGAGGGAGACCUGUCUGGUUUGGAGCAAAUCCACUGGUGCUCCUCUUCACCCUGCCAUUGUUUGGAUGGAUGCUCGUACUGCUUCUGUUUGCAGGAGAUUGGAAAAGGAGUUAUCUGAAGGUAAAAACCAUUUUGUGCAGAGUUGUGGUUUGCCUAUUAGUACAUAUUUUAGUGCUGUGAAACUGCUUUGGUUGAUGGAAAAUGUGGACGCUGUGAAGGAGGGUAUAAAGAAAAAGGAUGCCCUAUUUGGAACAAUAGACACUUGGUUGAUAUGGAAUUUAACUGGUGGGGUGAAGGGAGGAUUGCAUGUGACUGAUGUUUCAAAUGCAUCAAGGACAAUGCUGAUGAACCUAAAAUCCCUUGAAUGGGAGGAAUCUACCUUAAAAACCCUCGGAAUUCCUUCUGAAAUUUUGCCUAAAAUCGUCAGUAAUUCUGAAAUUAUAGGAAAAAUUGCUUCUGGAUGGCCUAUAGCGGGUAUCCCUAUUGCUGGAUGUUUAGGAGAUCAACAUGCAGCAAUGCUAGGACAAGCAUGCCGUAAAGGGGAGGCUAAAAGCACUUAUGGCACAGGUGCUUUCAUACUACUAAAUACUGGUGAAGGUGUAACUCAGUCAAAGCAUGGUCUUCUAUCCACUAUAGCCUACAAACUUGGUCCAAAAGCUCCAACCAAUUAUGCACUGGAAGGAUCAGUUGCUAUUGCUGGCGCGGCAGUGCAGUGGCUUAGAGACAGUCUUGGCAUCAUUUCUAGUGCUAAAGAUAUAGAGUCUCUGGCAGCAGAGGUUGAAUCCACGGGUGGAGUUUACUUUGUUCCUGCUUUUAAUGGCUUGUUUGCCCCAUGGUGGCGCGAUGAUGCUCGUGGGGUUGUUAUUGGGAUAACAAGGUUCACGAGCAAGGCUCACAUUGCUAGAGCCGUGCUUGAGAGCAUGUGUUUUCAAGUGAAAGAUGUCUUAGAUUCAAUGCACAAAGAUUGGGCAGAUAAAUCUAAAAAAGAUGAGUUUUUGCUUAGAGUGGAUGGUGGGGCAACUGUUAACAACCUGUUGAUGCAGAUUCAGGCAGAUUUGAUGGCAAGUCCGGUAAUUAGACCUGCUGAUAUUGAGACAACAGCACUUGGAGCAGCCUAUGCUGCUGGAUUAGCUGCUGGGAUUUGGAAAGAAGAUUAUGUUUUUGAUUCCACGGAGAAGAUGAAGGGUGCUAAUGUUUUCCGUCCAAUGAUGACCGAGGAAGUGAGGAAAAAGAAAGUGGACUCUUGGUGCAAAGCUGUUGAGAGAAGUUUUGACUUGGCUGAUCUCACUCUUUGAUGCUGUUUUUCGCAAUUCCUUACUUGGGAAAACUAUUCGAUAUAAGUUUAUCCAUCCCUUAUAACUCUGUAUUUCGGAGAAUAUAUAAUUAUAAUAUUGAAGUUAUUUUUUUUUCUCUUUUCAAAAACUUAUUGGCUGAUGUGAAGGAAAAAAAAAUAACUUUCAUAUUAUAACUAUGUAAUACCCAAAGUACAUAAUUAUAAGGAGUAAAAAGACGUAAGGUUAUAUUUUUUUUUUUGUAUACAUUGGAAAUCAAACUCAGUAACUACUACUCCCAACCACUAGGUUAGCCCUAGUGGAAAGGACACAUACUACCCUUCCUUACUUUUGUUUUUUUAUUUCCUCCACUUCUGGGUACACUUUUUUUUUUGUGUCUUUAGCCUUAGAAACUAUAAUAAAGG